AUGCCCGAGAACGUACUCAAUGAGAUCCGCCAAUGGACGAAAGACAAUUUUACCCCGGCCAACAAGAUCCAGCAGAUCUACCUCCAGAAAGGCGGAUGGGAGGGCUGGGCCCAGGUCGAGCUCGCCCUCCACUUUACUGCGAUAGGCGGCUGGAACUGCCAGCGGGAGAUCCAAGUCUACCACGGCAGCCAGAAGCGAGCAGACCUCCUCCUGACGGCGGAAGACGGCCCUCCCAACACCACCAUAAUCGAACUCAAGACCGAGGCGCUUUGGCGGGAUGACGAUGGGGCUGACAAGUUCGUCAAGUCAAUGAAGGAGGAUCUGUAUAAGAUCGACCACAACAACAUUGAUCCAAAGUACCUACCUGCCCGCCUUAUCGUUUUUGGCUGCACUUUCGUCCCCGCUGUUAGUGAGUACGCGACGAACCCGGAUAAUUGGGGGCAGUACGCCCAGUACGUCACAGGGAUGAAGCUUUUGGGCAGGCCAGAUGAUUUUGUUGGGCUCUAUUCGUGGUCCCUGGAUAUUGAAGUUCUUGCUGAUGGCAAGGUUGAGUUAUCUACCUCCAGGGUACACUAUGGAGGGAUGGAGGUCGAAGGGCAAACGCUCAGUAGCCAACUGUCUUGA